CUGUUGCGCAUCCUGUGGAUCUUUAAUCUGAUCCAAUUCAAAUCAUUUUUGAAACGUUAUCAGCGGACUUAAACUUGUCGGCCACAGUGAUAAUACCGCUGUAGUCCACACUGCUAUACCGCUGCAAGUAUAGUCGCAAUUCAUCACCAUGGGAUGCUUCAAAAUCUUGAUAGUUUUUACGGUAGUAAUUUUGGCUAUAGCAUUGCUUCCUGGGCUACCUCCUGACUUAGAGUUUACACCCUUCUCCACGAAAGAGCCAAUGGAGUUAUCAGGGUCAAUGGCACCGAAUGACCUUCUUAAUGGUGCGGAGCGCUUGUUUGAAGGAGAAAUUGACGCGCCUGAGGGCCUAGCUGUCUGGAAUGGUACUCUGUAUACCGGCAAUCGCCAAGGGGAUAUUUUGAAAAUCGUCGAUGGGAAAAUGGUCAAAAUAACUAAUAUUGGUCAUCCAUGUGAGGGAUAUUGGGAGGAUAGAAAGUGUGGUCGAGUUGUUGGAAUUAAUUUUGACUCCAAAGGAUACUUGUACGCUGCUGAUCCGUAUUAUGGAAUUUAUAAAAUUAACGUCGAGACUGGAAAGUUCAUUCACCUAAUUAAAACUGAUGUUCCGAUUGAGGGUAAAACAGUCAGGGUGGCAAAUAGUGUUGUGGUUGCCAAAGAUGGAACUGUUUACUGGACAUCUUCUAUUUGCACAAAUCCAGGAGUUGAUGUGGAAGAUGCAGUUGUUGCAAUUUUUGCUGACGGAAACGGAAGGCUUUUCAAAUACGAUCCCAUUGAAAAAACUAACAAGGUUUUGAUCGACAAAAUGAAUUUUGCGAAUGGCCUGGCUCUCUCCCCCAAUGAAGAUUUCAUUGUUGUUUCUGAAACGGUGCAGUGCAGACUGCUAAGGUACUGGCUCAAAGGGCCUAGACAGGGAAGUGCAGACGUUUUUAUUGACAGCCUGCCUGGCAUCCCCGACAACAUGCACUUAAUCAAAGGAGGAUUGUUCGAGGUUAGUUUGGCACAGCCCAGGACAAAGCAGCAGCCCCUACCAAUAGAUACGUUGGCACCAUACCCCUUAGUUAGACGCUUCAUUGCCAGAGUGCUUUACUACUUAGAACUUCCUUUCCAAACCAUUCAGGAGAUAUACCCCAACACAUACACUGGAAUUUUCACUCACUGGUUCAACAAUUUUGACAAGCUCCAGCCUCUACUUCAUCAAUGGAUCUGCAUAGUUCAAAUAGAUCAAAAUGGAAAAAUAGUAAGGACCUUGCAAAGCACCGACAAAAAGGUGACAGCAGUCAGUGAUAUGAGACUCAUCAACGGACACUACUAUUUUGGGUCUGCACAUAAUAUGUACUUAGGAAGAGUUAAAUUCGGGGAAUAACAUUUUUACGUGCAUAUUUAUAUACCGAACAUAUUUGUUGUAUGAAUUACUAUGGAUUUUUAUUACAUUAUUAAUACAUUUCUUAUAAUUUU